CGAUACAUUUUCAGCCGCUUGACAUCCAUCUUUGUAGCUUCCAAUAUGAAGCCUGACUUUUACAGAAAUAAUUACAGUAAAUUUUAAGUGAAUUGGAAUUGAGUAAAAGUUCAAUGACUUUGGGUCUACAAAAUUAUCCAAUUUGGUUUAAUUAUGAAAUACGUGAAAGGAUUAACGUCGUUGGACAAAUAGUUUUUAUUUUUCACCGUCAGCGGUCCAUUUCCGGUUUAGUACUUGCUAACCACGGUUAACUCGACGCCGCUGGUUUACUUCUGGCUUCGUGGCUCAUUGAACUGAUUAGCCCGACGUUUUAUUUCUGUUUAUCGUUUCACCGCAAAAGUGGAAAAAUGUCGCGUUUAUCAGCGACCCUCGUCGUCGCGCUGCUGCUCAGCCUGAAGGUUUCAGGGAAGACUGUGAGGGGGGUCUUCAGGAGCGAAGCGGCGAGGCAGGAAAAUGGCCAGUUCAUCACCAAAUUCAUGUACCAAGCAGGUGACGGCGGGCUGCUUGUGUGUCGGCUGGACAACCCAUCCCUGGGAACAGAGAAGGAGGCCAGGCUGCUGCUGUACCAGGACAUGGACUCAGACCUGGACAACCUGAGCUGCUCCCAGCGACUCAGCAGAGCCCAGUUCACCAUUUCCCUCAGCCAGGAAGAACACAACCGGACGAUCCCUCGUCAGUCUUCGCCCACAGCCUGGCAGUUGCUAUACGCUGACAGAUACACGUGCGAGGAAAGCUCAGCGACGCCGUCGUACGCUGACCUCGGCUUCACUCUCCUGCUGUUCAACCCCGACUCUGCUGGGAACUCGCUGGAUCACUUCAGCGCAGAGGAAGCAGGACUGCACAGUUUCUACUUCCUCCUUCUGCUCGCCUACUUCAUCGCCUGCUGCAUCUACUUCCAGCCUCUGUAUCAGGCGCUGAAGAAAGGGGGCCCCAUGCAGAUGGUCCUCAAGGUGCUGACCACGGCCCUGGCUCUGCAAGGCUGCUCCGCCCUCUGCAACUACAUCCACAUGGCCAGGUACUCCAGAGACGGUACUGGGAUCCCCCUGAUGGGCAGCCUAGCAGAGUUCUGGGACAUGGUGUCCCAGGUGUCCAUGCUGUACAUGCUGCUGAGCCUGUGCAUGGGCUGGACUCUGAGUCGAGGCAGGAAGCCGCAGUCCAGACCUCUGCAGUGGGAGCGCUCCCCGGCGUCCACGGCCGUCGCUGUCGGCGGCGUGGUCACACAGGGAGUCCUGCUGCUGUGGGAGCAGUACUCUGAGUCAGAGAGCGAACACCACAGCUAUCACGCCCAACGUAGCCUAGCAGGUCUCCUCCUCCUGGCUCUGAGAGUGGCACUGUCCCUCCUGCUGGCCUCCGUCCUCUACCAGAUCGUCUCCACAGAGAGGAGCACCCUGAAGAGAGACUUCUACCUCUGCUUUGCUAAGGGCUGCUUCCUGUGGUUCCUUUGUCACCCCAUCCUCGUCCUCAUGUCUGUGGUCUUCAACGACCACCAGAGGGAAAAGGUAAUCACCAUCGGCGUGAUCCUCUGCCAGUCCAUCUCCAUGGUGAUCCUCUACCAGCUCUUCCUGUCCCGCUCGCUCUACUGGGAGGUGUCCUCCCUCUCCUCCGUGUCUUUGCCGCUCACCAUGUCCAGAACUAACCACAGGGGGCGCCUAUGA